AGGAGAGUUCGCUUGCCAUUGUGCGGCCAACCUAUCGGCGUCCGUGGUGCAGCAUUGACCGAUAUGUUCCGCCGCAUUCUACCAGCGCUUGAAGCACGCCUUCGCAUGCAUUCCACAGCGAGGAAGGUUCAUCGAUAUGCACCCCAUUCGACCAGUGGCAGUCACGUGAUAUCUGUAAUCCCCGCACAUUCUGCUCGGUCGACGUCUAAGUUGCCAUGGAUGGUCACCGGAGCUUGCAUCUUGAUGAGUGCCGGAGUGUCCGCAGCUACGCUGUGCGACGACUCGGGACGUCCGUUGAGCGUGGAGGAGGUGAUCGCGUUGUAUGAACAAGUGGACGCGAAUAUGCGAAUUCUGGCCCAAAAACUGAUGGAAGCCUUAGCACACGACAUCGACUUGGAGCAUGCGAAGGAUGAGGCGGACCGAUUGAGUGUUGAACAGCGCGCGAUUCAAAUGAGCGAUUCGUUCGAGACGUUGCUCAGCCAAGUGCAAGACUCUGUCUUUCGCAACCACUACGUUACGAAAGAGCAAGUGGCCGCCGCAAUGAACCGCAUUGAGUCGGGGGAGUUGAAGCUUCGCGAGGACGAAGCAGAAGCUAUCCGCGACUACAUUCGAAAACUCGGGAGGUUGCGUUGGGAAUGCACGGGAUCCCGUGAACCCAUUCGCCAACGCUUGAGUCCCCAACGUCGGCCGAAACCGACCGACACGCCAAUUCCCCGCCAAGUCGUUGUUCAUAUCGCGAACGAUUUGAUUCCGACUUUAACGCGCGACAUGGAAUCGAUCGUUUUGUCGUUGCAACAACAAAACGCGGACCUGCAAGAUCCAGCGGUGCGCCAGCGCCUCGCCAAGCUCUACUUGGACGCAUCGCAAGCGACCACCGAGCGGAUCGCGGCCAAAUACAACGUGACGGUCGAAGCCCUUCAAGAGGCGUUGCUGUACUUCCACGACGACAAGACCUUCCAAGAGACAAUGACUUCGCUCACAGAGAAACAACACCAAAGAUUCGUGGAGCUGGGGUUGUAGUUUUAAUUAAGAAUAAGGGUGUUUGGAAGCCUGGACGGCGGGACUCGGCCUACACGAUGAUGUUCGGGUUGCCUGUGACUAAGGUCCACAGCAUGCACACUUGACACUUGUGUGGGCUUGUGGAGGUUUCUAACGACGGACUAUUGGGGCUAUUGGAGAUACUAUUGCUACGGGAAAUGCACGCGUGGGUACGAUAUUGGUCGACGAGGCGCCUGGUCGACUUGCACAACGCCUUGUCGCAGUUGUGAUGGUCGUGGCAUUGCUGAAUGUGCAGCAGGCCCUUGCGUACCGAUGUGACUUUCUUGAAAAGGUCACGCUUCGUGAGGUCGUGGGAGUGCAUGGGCCCGCGAACUGUCGAUACGACAGGGUCGUUGCCAGGGUGGCAGAGGGACGGAAUUGACAUUACUUUGGACGAAGACAUACGGGGAACGCGGCACAUGUAGACAGGAAUUGUGGAAAUAGCGGCGGCGGACGUCGUGGCACGGGUGGGAAGAUGGGGACGUCGAGUGAGAACACGCUUGAACGCCUGUGCCCACGUGUACUCCCAACUUGGAAAUUGCAAAUGGGGUGUAAAUGUUGGAGCGACCAG